CUGGAGUUUACAAGUUGUAUGCACUUUUAAUUCAUUUACACACCCCUCAACCCUUUCACAAUGAACAGUACACUAAGCCAAUCUUUGCAACAAAAACGACAAAAUCCACAUGCCUCGGAAACUAUGUACACUGCUCAAUCGGCUAACAACACGAAAAACGCUUCUGCAGAUACUACUGAUAGAAACAACAACAACAACGAUCAACAGGACGAACAAGACAGCAGCGGGGACGAAUUUCUAGAGAUUACCGAAGAAGAGAUCGAAACGUGGUCUAGUGUUGAACGUAAACGAUUCAAUUUUAAAACAUGUGCUUCGCGCGAUGAACAUUUACUUCGCCAAGCAUUAGAUGUUAAGCCAUUUAACGGCGCAACGAAAAAGGAACGGUUCGAUCGGUGGCAAGAAGUUGCAGUGGCGUGCGAUGAGAUCAUCAAGAGUUUGCCAGAGAAUGCAAGCGGCCAACUUAAUUUCUUUCUUGGCAAACACGCAAAACGACGGUUUAAAGUUCUCAUGGAGGCGCACUAUGGAUUGAUAAACAAUAACAAGAAUCCUAUGUUUUUUGGUAUCUAUGGUGAAUACGGCAAUAUUCAAGCACUGAUUGAACGCGCAUAUGAACUGUACCUUCUUGCUGGCUACAAAUCUGGGCAAAGUACCGGUUUUUCCAAGAAGAAGCGGCGACUCUUGAGUGGAUCGAUACAGAAUGCUAAGCGUCUACGACCGGAAGAUGAUGACGAUAAUCCCUCUGAAGUCGCAUCGGCCAUUCAACAAAUACAAGAAUAUCUGAAUACACAUCAUGCCAGCAAAGUUGAAGAUACCAAGCAGGAGCAACUCCAGAUGAUACGGGAAGCACUAUCGCGGAUGGAAAAGGUACACAGGAAGCUUCUGGCUACUUUGGAUCGGCAAGGGGACAGCAUCCGCACAUUGAUAAAAACGCACAAAUCAGAGGUUGAGGAAAUCACGCAAGAAAGCCAGAAGAAGAUGCGUGAUAUGGAGCACGACAUGGAGCAACUGUUAAAAAAAUACGACGAGGCAGAAAAACAAAAACAGAAAGAAUGGAACACCAUGUGCGAGCGAUGGAUGACGCAGCAACGCGAGAUGCUUACGUUGCAAAAAGAUAUAAUUGUCAUGCAGAGCAAAACGGAAGGCGCGCGUAUGGACUUGGUCAGAGAACUGAUUGAAGAAAUGAAGCAACCAUAGUAUAGUAUUACCCCCGUCGCCAAAAAUACCAACGCAAUUAUCUUUCAUUUACC